GGCAGUGGGUACCUGUCAAAUUCAGGUACCCAGUCCCACUCCCGGUCCGAUCGCCUAGGGAAGCGGAAGGUGUCCUCCCUCCCUGUAGUCUUUUGGGACACAUGACAGGUCCCAGAAGACUACAGGACCAUUCAUGAAGUGCAACACUUCUCGUGCAUGCGCAGUGGGCACCCAGCUGUGAAGCCACAAGCUGUCACAGCCGGGUGCCCACACUUAGGAUGCCGGCACUGGGGAGCGAGGAUGGCCGGUGAAACCAGAUGCAGUGAAUACACCGCU